CUUAUAUUGAUACUGCACGCGAUGAGCUGCUGGUAGAACAGGCAGCGGACGAUGAGGCGCAGUCACAUCGCCUCUUAGACCAUUUGAAAGACGUAUGUAAUUGACCCCUGCGAGCGCUGGUCACGGUCCAGGCGAGAGCGUCACCAUGUCCACCUCCAGUCCAGGCGAUGAUGGAACCACUUCAUUGUCCAAAUUCACCCUGUUCGAAACUAAGAGUCGGUUCUACAUUACCGCAUCGACAGGGAGCGUUCACCGCAUCCUUAAGAUUGAUCGCACAGAUCCAACUUCCCUCAAUGUAGUGGAAGAUACAACGACCUAUGAUGCAAAGGAGCUAGAUCAGCUGUUACGGAUGGUUCAGGAUGGUAACAAGAGUCAAGGUGGCUUGGAGAAAGUCCUCGAGUUCCAUGGGAUCGUUGGAUUCGUCAGGUUUACAGCGGGAUGGUACCUUAUCUUAAUCACCAAGCGGUCGGUGGUCGGACUCCUAGGUGGACACUAUAUCUACCAUUGUGAUGAAACCACACUCUUGACGAUAGCUUCAAAGACGGAAAGAACCGCUCAGGAGACGAAGCUGCUCAACAUCUUCCAACAAGUGGAUCUCACGAAGAACUUUUAUUUCUCAUACUCUUACGACAUCACGAAUACCUUGCAAAUCAACCUGACGGUAUCUGCCGCGCAGCGCAAGUGGAACACCCGUUUCAUGUGGAACUACCACCUGGCGAUUCCAGCGUUCAACCUCGAGGAGACACAAGAUCGCUGUAGAUGGGUGUUGCCCCUCAUCCAUGGCUUCGUAGACCAAGCUAAGAUCAACGUUUUCACUCGAACAGUGUAUUUGACACUCCUGGCGAGGCGGUCGAGAUUCUUUGCGGGGACCAGAUUCCUUACGCGAGGUGCCAAUGACAACGGUCACGUGGCGAAUGAAGUGGAGACUGAGCAGAUCGUAUCUGAACCGCUCGCCACGCCAUUUGGUGCCAAGUCGCCGUACACAAAUGGCAGCGUUGCGGGUUACGGCGGAUACACGAGCUUUGUCCAAUACCGAGGGAGUAUACCAGUCAUGUGGCACCAAGAGAGUACACAAUUGACUGCCCGACCGCCGAUCGAAAUCACGAUCAAAGACCCGUUUUAUACGCCAGCGGCGAAGCAUUUCGACGACCUUCUCGGGAGGUAUGGCGCUCCGAUUUUCAUACUCAACCUUAUCAAAGCCCGUGAGAAGGAGCCGAGAGAGUCGAAGCUGUUGUUCGAAUAUGGUCAAUGCGUGGCAUAUUUGAACCAGUUCUUGCCUGAAGACAAGAAGAUGAGAUAUAUCGCUUGGGACAUGGCUCAGGCGGCGAAAAGUGGCCACCAGGAUGUCAUUGGAGUGCUCGAGGACAUCUGCGAAGAAUCCCUUCAAGCGACAAACUUCUUCCAUGGAGGUCCUUCACGGUCUGAGAAUGGCUCUGGCUCUCGUCGAGAUCAGGUUCUCCUGCAACACGGCAUCUUACGCGUGAAUUGCGUUGAUUGCCUCGAUCGGACCAAUGCAGCUCAAUUUGCUAUUGCCAAGAGGGCGUUCGGACAUCAGCUCCAUGCCCUGGGAUUAUUGGGUAGUCCGAAUCUGCCAUUCAACUGUGAUGCCGUGGAUGUAUUGACAGAGAUGUAUCAUGAUCACGGCGAUACGCUCGCUUGGCAGUACACAGGCAGUGCGCUCGUCAAUCGAGUAGAUACGUACAGGCGUACAAAAGCCGGUCAAUGGAGCAGUCAUUCACGAGAUCUACUUGAGAAUAUCAGAAGAUUCUAUAACAAUUCUAUGCUUGAUGCCGACAAACAAGCUGCCAUAAAUCUCUUCCUCGGAGUAGAGUCUGCAGCGCCUGUCAAGACGUCUCGGCCGCAUUAUCGGCAAUGGUACAAUACUGCUCAUCUUGAUCCUCCAAAGACGGACAAGCUUGCGCCCGUGAACCAAGUCUUCAAAGAGUAUUACAAGCCACAUAUCUUGUCGCAAUUUGGGCGCCUGUAUGCCUUCACAAUGAAUUCCACUACUCGCUUCACGGUUAAACCCAAGAACGAGAUUCUUCACAGUCCAUUCGAAUCGCGAAUACCCCUAGAGCUAGCGUCGCCGACCCGCGAACGUCCGCCACCCCUACGCCGGAGUGCACGCCGCUGGGCUCAUCGUGCUGAAGAAGGCGAUCCCACGGAAGAAGCUGCGCAAACUGCAGAGACUGGUCCGACAAAACGCGAAACUCAUCCUGUGGACGAGCUUGUGGCAUCACUGCUCGAUCCACCAGACAUCGAACAACGAAUCCAAGAAUAUGAUUGGUACACCCACUACCCCGUCGAUGACCUCACGUCACACACCCUUGGUGAAGAAAAGGAUCUGCAGCUGUAUAUCCGAGCAGCCAGAAUAGCCGAUGGGGACGGUGUAGAUCAGAUGUUGACGAAUAUUGAGACGAAUCCUGCACCGGUCCCGAUAAUUACGAACCUUGACAGUGAAGAUGUGGUCAAGGCCAACACGCAAUUUUACGAAAACUGGCUAAAGGCUUAGAUUGGACACUGUUGUAUUGUUGAUACGUUCUAUCUCAUCUUGUCACAAAGGUUGUAUACUCUAUACAUGCAUGGU